CGUGAAAUCCAGCCCAUAGAUAGCGCCUUUGUCGCCUUAAUUAACCAUCGUCGUCGUAUUUUUAAUUUAUUAUAAUUAAUUUUCCAAGUGACCCACUAAUUAUCAUUAAAAAAUCCAAAACCUCGCAUUAAAUUAAUCUAAGAUGCCACCAAAAAAGAAAAGAAGAAAGAAAAUCGCAGUCGGUGCUUUGCUUGCUUGCUUCCUUCUUCGUCUCCACUUCCUCUUCUCCACAUUCAUCCCAUUUUUUUCCUCUAAAGUGAGGGGAGAGGAAUAUCGAGGUGGGAAAUGUGUGCAUACUAAAUUUUCUGAAUCGUGGACGACUUGCUAAGCCCACACUCUUCCUGCUUAUAAACCCUACCUUUUUCUCACUUUAGCAGCUUGAAUCCGAGUAGAUGGGAUCGGAGGGAGCUUUCUCCGCUCAGAAGCGGAGCUCCGGCGCCCUACCGACGGCGAACGCCGCUGUGAACGGAGGAGCGCGGGGCCGUGCCGCAGCUCUGCUGCCUCGGGGGCGGCAGAUGCACAAGACGUUCAACAACAUCAAGAUCACAAUCCUCUGCGGCUUCGUCACGAUUCUGGUGCUGCGAGGCACGAUUGGGCUCGGGAACCUCGUCUCCUCCGAAGCCGACGCGGAGAAUCAGCAUCUGACUAAGGAAACGGAUAAGAUCCUCGAUGAGAUCCGAUCCGACAAGGAUCCGAGCGACCCGGACGAGGCGCCUGUGCGAUAUCUCAGCCUCAAUGAUACCUUCAGCUUAGGGCCGAGGAUCAGCACUUGGGACGAAGAUCGCAAGGUAUGGCUUGAGAAAAACCACCAAUUUCCGAGUUAUGUUAAGGGAAAACCUAGGAUUCUGCUUGUGACUGGUUCGCAGCCGGCGCCUUGUGACAAUGCGAUUGGUGAUCAUUACUUGCUGAAGUCUCUGAAAAACAAGAUUGAUUACUGUAGGAUUCAUGGAAUUGAGAUCCUGUAUAAUAUGGCUCAUUUGGAUAAGGAAAUGGCCGGGUUUUGGGCGAAAUUGCCGCUGCUGCGGCGGUUGAUGUUGUCGCAUCCAGAUGUGGAGUGGAUUUGGUGGAUGGAUAGUGAUGCUAUGUUUACGGAUAUGGUGUUUGAUAUUCCUAUUGCCAAGUAUAAGGAUUAUAACAUGGUCAUCCAUGGCUUUCCUGAUUUGUUGUUCAAUCAGAAGUCGUGGAUUGCGUUGAACACAGGAAGUUUCCUGUUCCGGAACUGCCAGUGGUCGUUGGAUUUGUUGGAUGCUUGGGCCCCUAUGGGACCCAAGGGCCCGAUGCGUGAGGAGGCUGGAAAGAUCUUGACGGCCUAUCUGAAGGGGCGUCCGGCCUUUGAGGCCGAUGACCAGUCUGCUUUGAUAUACUUGUUGCUUUCGCAGAAGCAGUGGCUGAGCAAGGUGUUUGUGGAGAACUCCUUUUACUUGCACGGAUUUUGGGAGAGUUUGGUGGAUAGGUAUGAGGAGAUGAUUGAGAAGAACCACCCGGGAAUGGGAGAUGAGAGGUGGCCGCUGGUGACGCAUUUUGUGGGCUGCAAGCCCUGUAGUAAAUCUGGAGAUUAUUCAGUGGAGAGGUGUUUGAGGGGUAUGGAGAGAGCUUUCAACUUUGCAGAUAAUCAAGUUCUCAACUUGUAUGGGUUAAGGCAUAAGGGAUUGGUUAGCCCAAAUCUAAAGCGGAUCAGGAAUGAAACGGCUGCUCCUUUGGUGAAUGUAGAUCAGUUUGAUAUUCGGCAUGCAGCUGCUCACCACACCACUGAACCUCGGAGCUAGCUAUCCCGCCGGAACCUUUGAGAACAUCUUGCAGGUAACUAACUGUAAACAUAUUUUGCAUCCCAACUUAUGUCAGAUUGAAGGAAUAUAAAGAAAGUAAGGUGACACAAAAAGUAUAUUCUAUGUGUGGGAGAUAUAACAUACAAGUCCACAUUAUAUUUAUUUUCAUCAUGUAUUUAUUAUAUUUGUCUCAGUUCACUAUACAUUAAUUUCUCUCAGCCUUCAUCAUAUUUAAUAUUUCCAUCAUGCAAGUUGACAUCUUUGUAGUGUGUGAUUUGAAAUUUGCUCGACACUCUGCCUUGUGAUAAAUGUGAUGUAACUGGAAAUUUUAUCGAAUAACUCUAUGAUGGUG